AGUUGUUUCCAUCUCCAGCAUCGUUGUGAGGCGUUGCUGGGUUGGUUCAACUCAAGUCCAAGCUUCAGCUGGAGGCUCCGCCCCUUUACGAGCAUCGGACACCUUCGGCACAACAAAGCAUGCGUCGCCCCGAAACAUUGUUUCUCUGUUAAACCAGCGGAAUAUCGCAGGGUUUCUGUGGGAUUUUUGUGCCGUUUUCUCCUCUCUUGAUGCCAAACCCAGAGUAGUGGCUACAAUGACAACAGAGGCAAGUGCAGUGAGCGAGGCCGACACUGAGGGCAAGCAGAAGGCAAGCGGUGCCACGCCUGAACCAGAAUCGGAACCGGAGAAGCAGAAUCAAGGAGCCACCGCAUCUGAGAAGGAGGGAGAGUCCAGCAAGAAGGCCCAGGAGCAGGUAGCUGAGCCUGGGCCUGCAGAUGCAGCUACUUCUCCUGAGGAGGAGCAGCUGAAGCCUCGCACUCGGACCUCGGCUGGCAAGGGCCUUUCCCGCCUCUUCUCCUCUUUCCUGAAACGCCGCUCGCAGUGCUCGCAGGACGGUGAGGGCUUCGAGCCAGAGAAGGCUAAGGACGAAAAAGCGGAGAAAGAGGAAAAGGCUGACAGCUCUGGAGGGGAGGAGAAGGUGGAAGAAGUGAAGAGCGAAGGCAAGGAGGUCAAAACUUCUGAAGAGAAAACCGAGGUCAAGGAAGUUAAGAAGGAGGAAGAGAAGCUCAAACAGAAAGAGGAAAAAGUUGAAGAAAAGGUAGAGAAGAAAGGCAGUAAAAAGAAAAAGAAAGAAGCAAAAAAGAAGGUAGAGCAAAAGGUCGAGGAAAUAGUGAAGGAGGAUCAGUCAAAAAAGGCUGAGGACAAGACAGAAAAGAAAGACGAGACAAAAGAGGAGAAGGCAAAGCAAACUGCUGAAAAAGAGGAUGCAAAACCAGAGAUAAAAGAGGAAGAAAAAGAAAAGGAUACUGCAGAGGUGCAAGAAAAGAACAUAGAAACCAGAAAGAAAGAGGAGGAAAAAGUUGACAAGAGAGUCGCUAAGAAAAAGGAAAAAGAGGACAAACUAAAGAAGAAGGAAGAAGAGAAAGCAAGAAGGAAAGCAGAGGAAGAGGAGAGGGCUAAGAAGUGA